AUAUUUCUGGGAGUGUGCUGCUGGAAAACCGCCUGGUUGAGUUCUGUGAGUUAAUAAGUUAAAAUAGAGGCAGAUCAUUAAAUACACUUCAACAGAGUUUGUCUUUAAAGAAGAAAAAAUUAAACGUGUUAUUCUCUGGCCACGCCCACAGCGCGUGGCUUUUUGCAACUUCAUCUUUGAAGCGGCGACUUAUGUGUGUGUUUUUUUAAAAUUGUAAUCCUGUAUGAGUGUUAUUUAUUAAAAAGGGCAACUUGAGUAGUGAUAGUGUUCCCGCUGUGUAACGGCUUUUGGUGACGUCGCGGACGGGGCGUUACCGUGAAGAUGGCGGAGGCUGCGGACACACCACAACACCGGUUUUUCUGUCACGGUUGUAAAAGUGAAACAAACCCCAAACUCCCGGAUUUCGUCUGCCCCAGAUGUGAGUCUGACUUCAUUGAGGAGGUGACAGAAGACUCCAGCCUCCUGCAGAACAGCCCAUCAGUGGUCAGUGAGAACUCCAACGCGUUCUCAGAGCUGCUGUUUAUGGAGCGCUCCGCUCUGCUGUCUCAUCCGCCCUCUUCGGAGUCGGAGCCAGAUGACAGCGAGCAGGUAUCUGCAGGUCAGAGCUGCCCUUCCUCAAUGUUGCCGGGCGCCGCUGAGGAAGCAGAGUCUCCUUCCCAGCCUGAACAAGAGAGGUCGCCCAGGCCUGAACAAAGGCCCGCAGUGGAAGGGAUGGUGCACCAGUUCUUGGCCGACCUGUUUGCCAACAAUGGAAACCCUGGUGCUGCAGCAGCUGCACUAUCCAGCAUGUUACAGCUGCACUCAAACCCCGGGGAUUAUGCGUGGGGUCAGGGGGGUCUGGAUGCUGUCAUCACAGAGUUGUUAGGACAGUUGGAGUGCAAAGGUCCUCCCCCUGCUGAAGAGGAGAUGAUAUCAUCGCUGCCAACAGUCUGUAUCUCUCAAGAACAGACAGACUGCAGACUGCAGUGUCCGGUUUGUAGGGAGGAGUAUUCAUCAGGUGAACCCGUCAGGAAGCUACCGUGCCUCCAUUACUUCCACAGUGAAUGUAUAGUACCUUGGCUGGAACUGCAUGAUACCUGCCCAGUGUGCCGAAAAAGCCUCGGCGGUGUUGAUAACAGCCUGCCGCCCACAUCGGAACCCCCAGAAGCUCGCUCCAUCAGGACGGAGCUACAGGAGAACCAGGCGAUCUGAGAAACGAGCCGAGCUACUCUACCUCCUUUUACUGUUUUCAAGAGACGCUUCUCACCACGGAACUUUUCCUCCGCACUGACUGCUUUUAAAUAAAAUACCUCACAUGCGUCACCGUGACAACUCUUACUUAAUUCAUCCCUGCGAAGGACGUUUAUGUUCUCUUUCCCAAAUUUUUUUUAAAGCUACUUAAGAGCGGAGGAGAGGGGGAUGAGGGGGGUUGUCCUUCUUGCUACACGGCCCUCUUUAGUGGUUUCCUGAAUGACUGACUUUGAUGUCAUAAUCACCGCUGAGCUGCUUGUGAUCGUCAGAGCGAUGGGAAUUCACAGAGUUAUUAAGUAUCACGUUCGUAUUAAAGCUCUAAGAUGAUUUCUUA